CAUGCACUGCCACCGAUGAUCUACUACUUCCCCCUUCAGACACUGGCACUCACGGGCCUAGAAGUUUUUGCUGUUGCUUUCUUUUCUCCAAUAUUCUUGACAAUUGGCCCUUUUUGGAGGUUGGCUAACAAUAAGUACGUCUUAGUCUUUCUGAGGUUGACUAUGGUUGGAAGCUUAGCAUCAUACCAGGCACCAAAUGCUUCAAUUAGACUAUUCAUCUUGGCUGUUGGUGUUUCUUCUUCAUUGCUGGUUCAAACAGUAACAUGGUGGUCAGGAAACAGUUUACAAAGGUUCAUCAGGAUAUGGGGCUUCAUGCUAGGCAAGAUAAUGCUCCUUGUUCUUCGCAUCUGGUACACAUCACUAAACCCAGUCUGGAGCUCACAGGUUGCCAAUACUGUCAUUAUGAUAAUGGGUUUUAUAGCAGCAGUGGAGCGAAUUUAUUCAGGUGGAGACAGGAGGAAACAAGAAGCAAACAAAACUGGUAAUGCGGUUAGAGAGACUGCUUCCCAUCCUUAUUGGCUUUUAUCUGGGGCUGCUUUUGGCAGCCUCAUGUUCCUCACCCUGUGGAUAUUUGGGGAGGUCUCAUUAAUUUCUAGAUGGGCAGUAAGUGGACAUCCACAUACAGGUCCAGAUCCUAAUCCACAUGGAGGUACAGUUCUGUUGGGCUUGGCUCAGGGACUGAUGCUUUCAUUUUGGAGCUGGUCUUCUGUCAUCAGUUUUGCCUGGUUUCUCAUAGGUUUGGCAUCUUCAGCUGGUCUUCUUUAUUUACACACCUGGAGUGCUGCUGUUGCAGGCAACAUUCUUGCUGUCUUUACUAUGUCUGUGUGGCCUCAUCUAGCUGGACGCUUUGCUAGCUGUCUGCAUCCUGGGAAAGCCAUGAGUACAGCCAUGUUUGCCUAUGUUCUUGAAUUAUUCUUCUGUGUAUGGUGUACAGCUUAUAAAUUUGUACCUGGAGGAGUUUACAUUAGAGAAAGCUCCCAUCUUCUUUUAGGUUUUAUCAUGUUAUGUAUUGGGCUAGAUUUUCUAACAGGACCCAAGAAAGACCUUAGCUCUACCUUUGAAGUGAAAAGCCAUCAAAAGCCACUAUUCAAAAAGACUAAAAACUAUAUUAAACUAUUCUUGUGGUUGUUUGUUGGUGUUGGUUUGCUUGGACUGGGUUUACGUUAUAAAACUUACCAGAAGAAACUGGGCCAAGGGGCUCCAAAACGAGACUUCUCUGCUAUGAUCUGGCCUUUUAGAUUUGCAUAUGACAAUGAAGGAUGGUCUAAUUUGGAAGGAUCAGCUAAUUUGCUUAAUCAGACAGAAGCAGAUUUUAUCACUAUUAUAGAGAGUGAUGCCUCUAAGCCAUUCAUUGGAAACCACGAUCCAACAAUGUGGCUAGGAGAAAAACUAGGAUUUUACACAGAUUUUGGUCCAAGCACAAGAGAUCACACUUGGGGGAUUAUGGCGCUAUCAAAGUAUCCAAUUGUAAAAUCAACCCAUCACCUCCUUCCGUCUCCAGAGGGAGAGAUUGCACCUGCCAUUUCCCUGACGGUCAACUUCACAGGGAAGCUGAUUGAUUUCGUUGUUGCCCACUUUGGAAACGAAGAAGAGGACUUGGACAGAAAACUCCAGGCAAUAGCUGUUUCAAACCUAUUGAAGACUAGCUCUAAGCAAGUUGUAUUUCUAGGGUACAUCACUUCAGCUCCUGGAUCCAGAGAUUAUACUGAAUUAAUAGAAAAUGGAAAUGUCAAGGAUAUUGACAGCACAGAUAGUGACAGAUGGUGUAGCUAUAUUAUGUAUCGUGGAGUAAUAAGGUUGGGUUAUGCCCGCAUAUCUCACGCUGGUUUAAGUGAUUCAGAAGUCCAGAUGGCCAAAUUUAGAAUCCCACAUCAUGUGGAUAGCUAUACUGACAAUGACAGAAUUGUCACUGAUCCCAGCCAAGUUCCUAAGGACAUCCGUUUCAAUCCCAGGUUUGGAUCUUAUAAAGAUGGACAUAAUUAUGAGCAUAUUCAUCACUUUCAUAUGAGCACUCCUAAAUAUUUUAAACAGGCAAAUUAGAGUGAGAAAAUAACAUACUGUUGGGACCAGCAAGAAAGGUUUGUUGCUUGAAGCUGAAUUGACACUCAAAAAGACUACGUUGUUUAAGGAUGAGCAGUUCCCAUGCUGCAUAACACUAUGAAAGUCUGUCUAACAGUUGGUGACUCUUCUCUUUAAUGAGUUGCCAUC